AUGGAUUAAUUAAGAAAAUUGGAUAAUUUUAGAAUUUUACUCUCAUUUGUCUCUCUUUCUGAAUUUUCUUCUAUAUGCAUUAAUGCUAUUGAUUGUUUUUUUUCCAUUUUCUUAAUGGUAUUAAUUAGGCCAUUAAUACUUAUUACUCUACGACGGAUGUAGAUAGAAUUGCAGAAGAGGAAAAGUAUUAACAUUUGUAUAGUGUAUAUUAUGUAAAUUGAGAUUGAAUUUUCUUAUCUACUCUGCUCAUGUUGUUGUUGUUGUUUAGUUUUGAUCUUUGAGUGAGAUAAUUAGGAUUAGGUGUGUUGAUAUUAAUAUUAUUAAGUAUGGCGACAAAUCAAACGGUAUGCCCAGCACCAAUGAAAGCAACAUCAAAUGGGGCAUGGCAGGGAGAGAAUCCAUUAGAUUAUGCACUUCCAUUGGCAAUCCUACAGAUUUGUUUGGUUGUUGCUUUCACAAGAACACUUGCAUUUAUUCUUAGGCCUCUUCGACAACCUCGAGUCAUUGCUGAGAUUAUUGGAGGAAUAUUGCUUGGGCCAUCUGCAUUUGGUAGGAGCGAGAAAUUUUUGCACACAGUGUUCCCAGCAAAGAGUAUGACAGUCCUAGACACCUUGGCCAACAUAGGACUAUUGUUUUUCUUGUUCUUGGUAGGCCUUGAGCUUGACAUACGUGCCAUCCGUCACACUGGCAAGAAAGCACUAGGCAUUGCUAUUGCUGGUAUCAGUUUUCCGUUCAUACUUGGAGUAGGAACCUCUGUUGUCCUUCAAGCUACAAUUGCUCAUGGUGCAAGACCCGCCCCCUUCCUAGUUUUUAUGGGUGUUUCAUUAUCCAUCACCGCCUUCCCGGUGCUUGCCCGUAUUCUUGCUGAGUUAAAGCUCCUUACUACUGAUGUCGGUCGCAUAGCCAUGUCUGCUGCUGCAGUGAAUGAUGUUGCAGCCUGGAUUCUCCUUGCUCUUGCCAUCGCUCUCUCUGGUACUAGUAGUUCCCCAUUGAUUUCUUUAUGGGUUCUACUCACUUGUAUUGCCUUCCUCAUCUUUGCCGUCUUUGUUAUACGACCUGUACUUGUACUGAUGGCUAGGAGAUCCCCUGAUGGAGAGCCCGUUAAAGAACACUACAUUUGUGCAACGUUAUCCCUUGUAUUGGCUGCUGGUUUUGCUACAGAUUGCAUUGGUAUUCAUGCAUUAUUUGGUGCAUUUGUAAUCGGCAUUAUUGUACCAAAGGAUGGUCCAUUUGCUGGAGUGUUGAUUGAAAAGAUUGAGGAUAUUGUGUCAGGGCUUCUCUUACCACUUUAUUUCGUUUCUAGCGGUCUCAAGACUAAUGUUGCAACAAUUAAGGGAGCAGAGUCAUGGGGAUUGCUUGUUCUUGUUAUCCUUACAGCUUGUUUCGGGAAGAUUGUCGGGACAACAGUUGUUUCUGUAAUGGUGAAAGUGCCAUUCAGGGAGGCAAUCACACUUGGCUUCCUCAUGAACACCAAGGGACUAGUCGAGCUUAUUGUCCUCAACAUUGGCAAGGACAGAAAGGUGUUGAACGACCAGACAUUUGCUAUCUUAGUGCUAAUGGCGCUCUUCACCACCUUCAUUACAACCCCAAUUGUAACAGCAGUGUACAAACCAGCAAGGAAAUCCAAACCUUACAAGCAUCGCACAAUGCAACGUAAUAAUCUCGACACAGAGCUUACAAUACUUGCAUGUUUCCAUAGCACUCGGAACAUCCCCAGCAUGAUCAACCUUAUGGAGUCUUCACGUGGUACCCGAUCUCGAGGUCUUUGUGUCUAUGCAAUGCAUUUGAUGGAGUUAUCAGAGAGAUCAUCUGCUAUAUCGAUGGUACAUAAGGCAAGGAACAAUGGACUCCCAUUUUGGAACAUGAAGCGACCAGACCAUGACAGGAUGAUUAUCGCUUUUGAAGCCUACCAACAGCUCAGCAAUGUUUCCAUCAGACCCAUGACUGCCAUAUCUGCUUUGCAUAGCAUUCAUGAAGAUAUCUGCACCAGCGCUGAGCAAAAGCGCGUGGCAAUCAUUCUCCUUCCGUUCCACAAACACCAGCGUGUAGAUGGUAUGAUGGAGUCAUUGGGGCAUGGUUUUCACUUAGUGAACCUAAGAGUCCUGCAAAAAGCUCUAUGCUCAGUGGGAAUCCUAGUGGACCGUGGCCUUGGAGGUGCAACACAAGUGUCAGCCAAAGAUGUGUCAUUCGACAUCACUGCAUUCUUCUUCGGCGGACGUGAUGACCGUGAGGCAGUGGCUUAUGGAGCACGAAUGGCUGAACAUCCAGGAAUCGUCCUCACUGUAGUUAGAUUUUUACCAAAACCAGGGAAGUCAUUGAUGGGGAUUCAUAAAAAUGGAGAUCAAGUCAUCGAGAGCGGAAUACUAGUGGAUGAUAUAGAAGAGAAGAAGGCCGACGAGGAAUUCUUGAGUCAAUUAAAAGGAACUUAUAAAGAAUCAUCAAUAAAAUACGAAGAAAAAGUAGUAGGAGGAAGGGAAGAGAUAAUAGAAAAAAUGAAGAGUUUAAGUAGAAGCAAUCUCUUCCUUGUAGGCCGAAUGCCACCUGCAGCACCACUUCUUGACAGAAGCAACACUGACUGCCCUGAAUUGGGACCUAUCGGAAGUUAUUUAGCAUCAUCAGAGAUCUCAACUCCAACAUCAGUUUUAGUGAUCCAACAGUACCACCCAUCUAUGAACCAUAACUUGAUUGAUCAUCCAGCACUUGCCGAUGAAAAGGAUGACCAGGACAAUGAUAUGUCAGUGUAAUGCUGGAACAAAGCAUCGAUGAUUUUAAGCUACUCUGGUCCAUUGAUUUUAUCUAUAAAUGAUGUAAUAAUUUUUUGCAGUUGGUUAGUGGUCAGGUAAGCGUUCUUUUUUUUCUUCUAGCUAACCUAACCUUCGAUGGAUGUUUUGAAUAAGUUUGGCCAAGAAGUUGAAUUUUGGGGAAGGUGGUGUAAUUUUUUUACAUUAUGGGAAAUGAAAAAUGGACCCCUCGAGUGCCCAACAGGGGCCUGGAAUCCUGAGUCUGGAUUCGUGGGUAACCUCUUGAUUUUGUGGGGACAAGAAUCUGAGAAUUUUCGUGUAUCAAAAAAAACAAAAAAUAUAUAAAAGAAUAUGCUUAUGCACGUGAUUACAUCAUAUUUGUGAAGGUCUCGAUAAAAAAGUUGUUCAAGCAAAGAAGAAAAAUGAAGACAGACAUCAUAGCAGUCCUUGACCAAACCCAGAGUCCAGACUGGAGCUGCCUUCUACCGGUCUCUAGUUAUGUUCAGGAUUUUGAAAAUACUUCUAGAAUGUAUGGUGUUACUUGGUAAUGAAACAAAAUGUGCAGAAUUGAAAUUCUCGAGGAAUACAAGCACAAAUAGGUUUUCUAUUCUUGAAGGAGAGUUUUCAACUUGCCCAAAAUUAAAGGAAAUAAAAAUCCAAGGCCACCAAAGGGAGCCGAAGUAG